UGGGCUGGGCGAGAGCCGGCACUGCGGCGACUUGGGUGGCGGUGUGGCUGGUCGUCAUGGUGGUUGUGGUUGUGACCGUGGCUGGAGAUGGCAUGCCGAUGGCGACGGGGACCGAGUUCGGGGCAGAGGGUGAGACCGAUGUGGCCAUGGCAGAAGUGAUGGCUGAUGGUGAUGGGCCGGGAGUCAACACCUCGGUCCAUGCCUUCUACUACACGUGGUAUGGAGACGAGGACCAGGCGUUCCACCACUGGGAUCAUCGGGUGCUGUGCCACUGGAACGAGGCGCUACGACACCACCAUCCGUGCGGCCAUCGCUUUGCUCCGCCUGACGUCGGCUCGCCGUACUAUCCUGCACGCGGGCUGUACAGCUCGGGCGAUGCUGCUGUUGUGACCGGCCACACCUCCGAUGCAGGCAAGGCUGGCAUCGGUGUCCUAGUCUACGGAUGGACCGGGCAGGCGUCCAAUCCGCGGGCCGUCGACGGUGAGGGAAUCAACACGGACAUCAUUGUAGACGACGUGCUCCGCGCUGUUGAGACCUCACACGUUCCAGUCCAGAUCGCUUUUCAUUCCGAGCCGUACGAAGGGCGGAGCCCGGUCUCGUUUGCCGACGACGCCGAGUACCUCGCUGCCCACUACUUUCAUUACGACUCCAUCUAUCGCAUCGAUGGCCGACCAGUUGUCUACGUGUACGACUCGUACCGAUCGCCGGCCGUUGAGUGGGCGGACGUGCUGGGCAAAGGUGGCUCGCUGCGGGGGAGCGAUGCCGACGUUUUUGCCUUUGGCCUCUGUCUCGAUCGCGGCUGCGUGGCUGAACUUGCUGCGGGCGGCUUUGACGGCUUGUACACCUACUUUGGCUCGGACGGAUUCAGCUACGGUUCGUCUGUCUCCGAGUGGCCGGAACUUGUCAACGAGGCCCAUGCAGCCGGCCUGAAAGUCUCUCUCUCGGUUGGCCCGGGCUACGACGACACCCGGAUCCGGCCGUGGAACAGCGCCACCCGCAAGGACCGCGACAACGGCAAGUACUACGUACGCAUGUGGGAGGCGGCACUGGCUUCAGGCCCAGACUAUGUCUCGAUCACAUCGUUCAAUGAGUGGGGCGAGGGGACACAAAUCGAGCCGGCCGUCGCACGCGAGACGACCGACUACACCUACGUCGGCUAUGGCGACAGAUACCUCGAGCUGACGGCUGAGUUUGUGGAGAGAUGGAGCAGGCGCUGACCCAGUUCCCGGCACAUCACCAACCCACGUACGUACAGUUGCUAGCGCACAAGCUCAGCUGCCAAGGCUGUAUCUCCUCAUGGGUCCCGCAUGUAAAACAGCAGGUAGGCCGACGGACCGCCGACCCGUGUGGGCGAGAUGGAGCUCACACGCGCGUCGUCAAAGAGGAACCAGCUGUCGGUGUCUGGC